CGCUCCAGCUUCCGGGAGUUGGGACCGUCACGCAAAAGGCGGAUCCCGUCGUAAGGCUUGGCUCGCUCGAUGUUUGCUCGCCGCGUGCUGUACACUCCUGUGUUGUAGUCAUGCUGCUUGAAAGCAUUACUGAUUACUGUUUGAACCCUACAUGGUGAAGUUUGUUGAAACUGGAUUACAAAGUUCUUCUGAAGUAACGCAUCAUCGAGUUUACCUGAGCGUUAAAUUCCUUCAUACUCCGAAUUUCCAGCCGGUAUUUUCGAAAAGUAGUUUGAAAAGUUUUCUGGUGUUAUUAUAUGUCGAAAACUCAGUAAACAAGCAGGAAUUUUUGUUAUCGUGUCAUCGGAUUUCUUGUGCAUGUGCGUAAUGCUGGUGAUGAGAUAGAGAGAAAAGUGCUGUUACCGCUUGUCUACCUCAACAAUCAUGGCGUCUUGCGCGCUGAUUACAGCCGUCAUCUGUGUGUUGAUAACUGCUGUGGCCACCAUCGUGGCUUUCGCUACACCAAACUGGCUGAAAUUUCGAGGCCAAAACCCCACCGAGUUGUGUGGUAACUCAAGGUAUUUAGACAGCUGCAACAACUGUGACUGUGGGCUGUGGUUGAGAUGCCAAGGCGAUAUCACGAUCAGUGGGAACUUGGACAACUGCCGAUGGUUCUUCGCAAACGACUUCGAAAUUGAGCAAGCAUUACCAGCAUGGUUCAAGGCAGUGCAGGGCUUGAUGGCUGUGGCUGUAGCCAGCAGUCUGCUUGCACUUUUGAUUGGUCUCUUCUCCUUGUGCUGCUACUGCAAGUCCUGCAACCCACAUCAGGCAGCUGGUGCCUUCAUCAACCUCACCUUUCUCCUGUUGACGACAGCAGUCUGUGUGUUUGGAGCCAAGGCUCACACUGAGGCCUAUGCAGGUGUCAUGGCUGAGCCCAAUUCUAUAAAUCCACUCUUUGACUGGAGUUUCUGGGUGGGUGUUGGGGCAGCAGGCAUGUCACUUAUCUCCAGCAUCCUGUACUUCUGUGUGGGACGUCGAGAUGAGAUUUACUAAACAAGAGGCAUCACUGUGUUUUAUUGGUGUGUUAAUUCUAAAUUAUUAUUUAUGCUAUAAUUACCUCUUUUAAUGCUUUGUAAUUUUUGAUGAUCAGUGUCACAACUUCUCUCAAAAAAUCGGCAGUCUUUUAAGAUUAAACCAACCGAAAUUGUGCCAUAGAAUAAGCCAAGGCACAACAGCGAGAGAUACUUAGCUAUAAAAAAAGAAUUAGUUCUACUUGCUUUACAUCAUUAAAUAUUUGUGUAAAGCAUGUUGCUGCCAAACACCAUUGCUUGAAAUUUACCUCUGUGGAUGGACUUAAAAAAUGUUAAUGAGUCAUGAACAACUGUAUGUACGUUGCCAGUCCAAGUCAUCCAAAAGCACCAUGUGUUACCAAACAAGAAACAGUGCAGAAAUUCUUGCUGUUGAUUAAAGACACAAUUUGGUCUUAGUGGAAAAGAUUCAUGGAAUAUUUCUGAUGCCAAAGAACAAGAGUUAUGAGUUGCUAAAUUACUUUUGUUUUUAAAUCUAAUGACAAAUUCGACACCUGAAUGGAACAAUUCACAGGCUAACAAUAUGGCGAUUCAGCAUUUAUAUAAAUUUUUAAACUUUCAUAUUCUAUAUUUUUUCCCAUCAACACCAUAUUUUUUCAUGAUUAUGAAUGACACUGUAACUACUGUCUCAUAAAAAAAUGUCCUAGGGACACUUACAUGACAGCUAUGGCUUAUUUCAUGAAUUUACCAUUUGAAAGGUGGCAUUAAUAAGUACAUGAAAAGGAUUUUAACAGGUUUUUUUCAUGGACUUGUGAAAGUUUUGUACAUGUUGAAAUUGUUUUUGUCAUUUUUCCCUUGUUAUACAGUGAAAGUUGGCUGUCCUGGAUUCAGCUCUCGUCUCGGAUGUGCUGUUCUUUCUCUGCAUGUGGCAUCUAUUUACAGGACUGGCUGCCUUGCUAUGACAUAGCCAUAGUUGCUGACUUGGCAUAAAACACCAAUUCCCCCACCUCCUCCCUGUGGUGGAUCUACUUUUCUGAACCUUUCCUUUGUAAAAAUUCAUCAUAAAAACUGUUUUUAAAAUAUUAACACAUUUUAGCAUAUACGUAUCAUGGCAAGGGAACAUGCAUUUGCAUUUGUGCAUAUUUUUUGGUUUUGCAUUUUUGACAGAUGUUUUCAGUUAUAUGAGCUAACACAUAAGUAGAUAUUAUAUGCAUGUUUUUUAUUCCUUAAUGCUGACUGCUUAUUUUUUCGAAACAAAAGCCUGUAACAAAUUUUCAUUUACAUGCUCAAGGUUUUAACAUCUCAGGAACUUUUUGAGACCAAAAACCUAAAACUCUUUUGAACCAAGAGGUUUGAUUUGACGUAGCUCAGCAAUUUGGGAGUCUGUUUUGAUAUUAUUUCAAGAAUGCAAUUGGUUCUCUUAAUAGAUGCUUUUUGAUUAAGGAGUUGAAGAGUGUUUCAUUCACUUCUUUUUUCAUGGCAUGUUCUUCAGUUCAGUGUUUUUAUAACCAUGAAUUACUUGAAUGACAGAAAAUGUUAAAGAAUACUUGAUGAAUCUGUAGUAUAAACAAAAGUAGCUGCACGUUAUACAUCCAUUAACUAAAAAAGUCAUAAGCACUUGGAUGGAAAAGUCUGUAUACUUUGCAUUCUUUUCAGAUCUUUCAAGUAUUCUUGUAUUUUCUUUAUCUUUGAAGGGAAAAUUUCAUUUAUUUCUGCUUGAUUGAUUUUUUUUGAAGCUAACUUUCAAAUGUAUGAUCACAUUGAAUUAUGUCUUGUAAUUUUUGCUUUUUUUUUUUUUGUUUGUUUGUUUAGUUGUUUUAUUUUCUGUAAUACUGUUGUAUUUUCAGGAGCCUCACAUGUGUUGGCUAUUUUAUGGCUAAAGAGCUCUCUGCUUUGAACAACAUGUCUGUCAACAGUAUAAAAUUAUGAUACUUUUAUAAUGGUUAGUGAGUAACGAUUUAAUUUAGUCCAUGUUCUGAAUGUAGUUUGUGUUGAUUGCUAUGCUGUGGCUGAUUAUGUUAAUUUCUGGCAGCUUUGUUUUUCUUUUUAUAAAUGGUCAGAAACUUAGGACAUAUGCUAUCUUUCUGGCCUGCGAAUGAUACAUAAUCAAAAACUAAAGGCAUAACCUUUGUGGCCUUUGGUAGAAAACCGGUUAAGUUCGUUGUUGUGCUUCCAUGGACUUUUAGUGGUUAUUUCUACCUCUUUGAUAUGUUUAGACAAUGGAAAUUGAAAAUAUUAGAAGUGCAAACAAAAGUACAGGAAGAUCUUUUUAAAUGGUUAAUUUGUUUUAAAAUAUUUUGGGGUAAAUGCUGUGAACAUUCAUUUUGUGACUGUUUUGCAAUAUCACAAAAUUUCAGAGGAGAUAUUUUUUAAUAUAAAUGUAUCUGAAAAGAUGGAAGUUUACAGGGAGUAUUCACAUGUGCAUAAGAAACUUCAUGUUGCUCUCUGUCUGCAAGAAAGUUUUAUUAAAGGAAGAAAAUUGUAAAGUUCAUUGGCAUUGUAAUUUAUCUGUUAUCUGUCACCUUUUAUAUUGAUCAUCUGAGUCAUGUUAAAUCAUUUUUUAUAAAAAAAAAAAUUGUAAUUUUCUAAGUAGCUUUAAUAAUCAUACUCAUAUUUCUGUCCUCCUUUUAUAGUUGUUUUUCUAUGAAAUGUAUAUUGUAAAAAUAUUUCAUAAUAUUUAAUUAAUUGACUGAUAUUCGUGUUUUAUGAAACUGGUAUGUGGUGCAGUUUUCACCCCUCUUGACUAAUGUUUCAACAUUGCUUAUACCUGUAUAAAAUGUAAUUAUUGUGUAGGUUUUGGUGGGAGGGGUUUGUUUUUGUUUUGUCAAUGUCUGACAUGCAGUAGAAUAAUGCUUAAAAUGGUAUAUUAGACUGUUUGGAACUAAUCUUACUAAGAACUAAAUUUGUUCAGCCAUUUUGUAGCAUCAGAUUUUUUAAAAUAAGAAGAUUAUAGUUAUAAUAAGAACACAAAGUAGUAGUUGAAAAAAGAUAGAUAACAUUAUAAUUAAUUAAACAGUUGAAUUUUACAUAUCUAGGGUAGUUUUAUUAAGUGCCUGUAUGGCAUGUAUUUGCUGCUGACUAUUCUGCACAAAUUCAUGCAUGGUCUUUUUCCAUCAUUAACAUGAUCGUGUUAAUUAAUGUUAACACAGAGAUUGUGGCCAGCCUCUUUCAUUUCAGAUGUUGUGAAGUCAAGCCCUUACAUCAAAAUUUUGUGUUCAUUGACAUUUGGAAUGGGGAAAACAAAAGGGUGAUGCUCUGUAUGAUCCCAGUCUCUCAUAAUUUUGAUAGUUUUUUUUUUUUUUUUAUGUCUGUGUAGUACGGCUUCAAAAAAUGUUUGCCAUUACUGUUUCCAUUUCAGCCAAACUAUGGUAAUUUUGAAUCAACCUUUUAUGCUUCAGAUGAAAACUUAUGCCAAAAAUCUUUUCCUGCCUAAAUUUCAAUGGCCUUAACAUUUGCUGGCAAAAGAUUCUAAUGCUAUUGAUGUGAAACAUUUUCUAAAUAUCUUUUUAUAAAUGUUAACAAACAUGUUUACAAACCUAUUUUGUGUUCUUUUCACUGGUGUUCUAAAUAUUCUUGAAACUAAAUAAAGUUUAGUGUAAUUUGUAUUUUAAAGUUCUCAUGUAGAAUGGGUUUUCAAUCAGGAUUAUUCAGACCUUGCAAUUUUUUUCUGAAUAGAAUAUCAGAUGACAAAGGGAACCAGGUAAACAUACAUGUACAGAAAUGAUGAUGAUGAUGUCGAUUUGUAAUGAG